AUGGGCUAUGAUGUUUUUGUCUUCAGGCGACCAGCUUUUUUGCUCUGCCGAAGUGACUUAGUUGCAGAGAUUAUCAGCAGCCAUCAACUGGAGAUUAUUACUCUUGCUAAUUUGUCCACUUUGAGGGUAAUUGGUGAGAAUGAUGCUGCUCCAGGUGGAUGUGCGGUAUCUGUUGUGAAUGAAAACCUUUCUGUUUAUCUGGAACUUCAAGGAACUCUUUCUCCUGAAGCAGAACUUGAAAAGAUCAGGAAGAAGAUGGAUGAGAUUCGAAAAGAAAAGGUUCCUCCCCACAUUCAUCAAGAGAAUGUUGCGAAGCUAAGCUCCCUCAUGCAGGAGGUUUUGUCUCUCGAAGAAGCAGGCCAGCACAUUGAAGCUCAAGCGUCAGAGAAAUGA